AUGAAGGAGAGAAGCGGCUCCAGGGCGGCGGUGGACGAGCGCUACGCGCAGUGGAAGUCGCUCGUCCCCGUUCUCUACGACUGGUUUGCCAACCACAACCUCGUCUGGCCAUCCCUCUCCUGCCGGUGGGGGCCACAGUUUGAGAAAGCUACCUACAAGAAUCGUCAGCGCCUUUACCUAUCUGAGCAGACGGAUGGGAGCGUGCCUAAUACUCUGGUUAUUGCAAACUGUGAAGUUGUGAAACCUAGGGUUGCAGCUGCUGAACAUAUCUCACAGUUUAACGAGGAAGCACGAUCUCCUUUUGUGAAGAAGUACAAGACUAUAGUUCAUCCUGGUGAAGUUAACAGAAUCAGGGAGCUUCCACAGAACAGUAAGAUCAUAGCCACUCACACUGACAGUCCAGAUGUACUUAUUUGGGAUGUUGAAGCACAGCCAAAUAGACAUGCCGUUCUAGGAGCAAGCGAGUCUCGCCCUGAUCUGAUAUUAACAGGACAUAAGGAAAAUGCGGAAUUUGCGCUUGCCAUGUGUCCAGCAGAACCAUAUGUCCUAUCAGGAGGAAAGGACAAAUCUGUUGUCUUGUGGAGCAUCCAAGACCACAUAUCUGCCCUUGGGGAUUCCUCUUCUUCUCCUGGAGCAUCUGGCAGCAAGCAGUCUGCUAAAACCGCAAAUGAAAAGGAGAGCCCUAAAGUUGAUCCUAGAGGUAUAUUCCAUGGACAUGACAGCACUGUUGAAGAUGUUCAGUUCUGCCCUUCCAGUGCGCAGGAGUUUUGUAGUGUGGGUGAUGAUGCUUGUCUUAUUCUGUGGGAUGCUCGAACUGGCACUGGCCCAGCUGUAAAGGUUGAGAAAGCUCACAGUGGAGAUGUUCAUUGUGUUGAUUGGAAUCCCCUUGAUGUUAACUAUAUCUUAACUGGGUCUGCCGAUAACUCUGUCCGAAUGUGGGAUCGUCGCAAUCUGGCUUCAGGAGGAGCUGGUUCUCCAGUUCACAAAUUUGAGGGCCAUAAAGCUGCUGUUCUUUGUGUUCAGUGGUCACCUGAUAGAGCAUCUGUUUUUGGAAGUUCUGCGGAAGAUGGUUUCUUAAACGUGUGGGACCAUGAGAAGGUUGGGAAGAAGAGAAAUUCUAAUGUCCCAUCUGGGCUUUUCUUUCAGCAUGCUGGUCAUAGGGAUAAGAUUGUAGACUUCCACUGGAAUUCGUCAGAUCCUUGGACAAUUGUCAGUGUCUCUGAUGAUGGUGAGAGCACUGGUGGAGGUGGAACACUGCAGAUUUGGCGCAUGAGUGAUUUGAUCUACCGCCCAGAGGACAAAGUCCUUACAGAGCUGGAGAAUUUCAAGGCUCACUUGGCCAGCUGCGCUCCAAGGAAUUGA